GCCUGGAGGCACUGAAGACGCACAGCCUAUCAUGAAGUUUCUCACUACUCACCAUACUGCUUACCUGUGCGCCAAAACGAUCAUACUGCCUCACUUUGACCGUCAGCGAUGGAGAUAAUCAGAUGAAAUAUGAUGAGGAUAUUAUUCUGUGCACGUUUGUCGACGACGGGAAGAAGAAGAAGCAGAGCUGAGACCACGAGCUGCAUUUAUUCAGAAUAACUCAGCAGCUCCAGCACUAACAGGUUUUUGGACACAUCUCAACAUGUGCUAAUCUUCUAAGCAUUACCCAAAAUAUAGUGAACAAGAUUUUGAGCCGCCAACCUCAUCAACAGUCUAGCACCUUGCCCAGCUUCCCUCAUGGCCCACCCUUACGAGCCUUGGUUGCGGACAGCACCCCCAAGUGGCAGCUCAGAAGACAUGAACAUCCCCUCCUGGUGGGAACUCCACAGGGACGUCCAAACAGGGAGCUGGAUUGACCUGCAGACGGGGCAGAAUGUCGGCUUGCCUUCGGUAAAUCCUGGGAGCUCCAUGGGGUUGCAGCACUCUUUAGGGCCCUACGGAUCCGACCCACACCUGUGCAACCUGCCUCCAUCUCAACUCGCUCCAGCCUCGCACUCAUCCCAUCUCUUCUCUCAGGAUGGCUUCAAGAUGGAGCCAAUGGCCCCUGAAAUGCUUCAACAAGAAGCGUACUCCCUGGAGGAACCGCAGGAGAACGCUGUCUCCGCCCGGCCCAAGCCUCAGCGCCGCUCCUCCUCCAGAGGCGGGGGCCAGACUGCGUGUCGCUGCCCUAACUGUGUGCAUGCUGAACAGCUGGGCCAGAGCACGGAUGACAGCAGGAGGAAGCACAUGCACAACUGCCACAUCCCCGGCUGCGGCAAAGCCUACGCCAAGACCUCACAUCUGAAGGCUCACCUGCGAUGGCACAGUGGGGACCGGCCCUUCGUCUGCAACUGGCUCUUCUGCGGCAAGAGAUUCACACGCUCUGAUGAACUGCAGCGCCACCUUCAGACGCACACUGGUGCUAAGAAGUUCAGCUGCGCAUUAUGCCCCAGAGUGUUCAUGCGCAAUGACCACCUGGCCAAACACAUGCGCACACACGAGUCCCCGCCAGGACACGGGGAGGAGAGGGUGAAUGGAGACGGGAGGAUGGAUAAAGGCUUCGAGACACCCACCCCUCCUCAGUCUUCCUCAAACGUGUCCGACAACACAGCGCCACCACUGAAGCUGAAAUGUGAGACGGACCCCUCAGUCUCCAGCGUGACAGGGCAGUCUGGGUAAUUUUAUCACUUUCUGAGGCAUUUUUUGCAGUUAAGGGUUAACAUUUUGUUCCCUCUUUAUCAUAGAGUUGUCUUGGUUUUACAAUAGAAUAGAAAGUAGAAAAAAAGUUUGGACAAACUUUCACUGAUGGAAGUCUGAUGGGACAGAAAGUGUUUCUUCUGUAUCUAUCAACUAGGCAAACUCUGAUAGUAUAAAUGUUUUAGCACACAGAAAAACUGUAAUUUAUUCAUAGUAUAAUUGACUGAUUCUGUGGAUUCAAGUGAAAGGUGGCUAAGGAGGCGAUCAAGCUGAAGCUGCAGCUUGUUGCUGGACUUCUGUUGCUGCUAGAGCUUCUGCUACCGGUAGACCAAAGAUUAACUGAAGGUAGCAACUUGUUUACAAAGAAAUGAAUCAAAUGUAUUGCUGGAGGUGUUGGAGAAAUGUUUGUCUCCAAUACAGUUUAAUACACUAAUGUCAAAGGCAGCAUGCUUUUGAACGGAGAAAAGAGACCGUUUUCUGUAUAAGUCUCAGAUGGUGUGUGUAUCCUUCUGCGCAAGUUGUGAUAAGCCACUGGAACAUAAUACAGCAUGUCGUUUUUAAACAGUCAUUGGAUGGUGAAAGUUCAUGCGACAGAACUGUGUGUGGAUGUUGUAAGUGAUUAAAUGGUACUUUUACUAAAGUACAACAGACAAUAAUGCUGUACUAUGGCAGCAUGCUAUAAUGUUGGUGAAUAUAUAAUAUAAUAUAAAAAUGGGAAUUGAAUGCACUACAAAGGCGUAUUUACCAAAAAUUUGUGUUUCUGUUGCCACUUCUGGCAUAACACUUAAUGAUGAGAAUGUGAACACUGGUCCAGGUUACCAGAUGAGAACAACAAGAUGUGACAAUGAUAUAAAAAAAGAAAAAAUUGUAAAGGAGUCAGAGCCACUGAAAGAGCUUAGCGUCAUGAUCACAAAAAAUGGACGUGGAGAGAAAAUGCUGCCUGAUUAAAGAAAUCCUUUGGUACAUGCUGAUGACAGCGAUCAUAUUUGGCAUCAACUGGACUCCACAGGGCGGUAUGUCAACACUAAGCAGGGUAGUUUACCACAGUGCCCUCUGCAGGCACAAGAUUUAAAGCUGCACCAAACAAUGUUUUUAUAUAACCAAUAGAUUCAAUGACUUUCCCAUAGAAAAACAUUGUUCCCAUUCUACUAAAUUACAUUGUCAUUUUUCUUUUGUGUAUAUGUCCCUGGUCACAUUUGUUUUAAACGGGCAAAUCCAAAGAAACACAGGUCUUUCACCGAGGUAUUGUUCGGUUUUCCAUCUCCAAACUAUACUGUAUUCUCACAGCUCUCAUCCACGUCAACGUCUUUAAACGGUAAAAAUAUGUCAAUUUUGCAUCUACAGUUUUUUCUGCUGCCCUCAAGUGGCCACAAAAAGAUACUGCUUCACAGGUCACAAAGGGUGUAACAGAAAAUCCCAAAAUAAUUUACCGUGAAUUCAUGCCUCAAGAGGUUCAGACAUCGUGGAAGGUGGCAGAAGGAUUUCCUACUGAUCCAGGUGUACCUCAUUAUGUGGGUUGAUACAUUUCUUCAAAAUACCAUCAGCUCGAUACCUAUUUGCAUGUCGGAUCAAGCUAUAGUCGCAAUUAUCGACAAACAGUCUGUAAAGGGCUUAUCUCUCAACACAUUAGAUUAAGAUCUCUUCGUGUGUCUGGAGUUUUUCUAUGUUCCACAACUCAUUUAACAAACCAUUUUUGUAACAACACCCAUUGGAUUCUGGAUAAGCAUGCAGAAAAAGGUUGCUAGCAAUCUAGCUAAUGAAACAAAAUGCAAGAAAAUAACAGGCAGAAUAAUUUGUUAAGGUUAACUUUCAUAAUCUAUGAAUUGAUCACUAGUUGUGUAGCGGGCAGUGUGAGCAGCACUAUUAGGAUGUAUGUAACCCAUCACAGUCAUUAGGCUGAGAUGUCUUUAUAUUAGGGGCUUGCAUUAUUGGAGGCUCAAUAUUGCUGUAUUUAUGUAUAGAAUAUAAUAAAUGGAAGACCAUGUUUAAACAUUA